GUUCUGGAUUUGGAUAGCCUUUUCAAAUUUGAGUUUAUACGCACAUAUACGUAAAUUUGUUGUUAGGACUACCAGUCCUUUGUUAAUAGUUUUCUAAAUAUUGACCGACUGCAAACAUUGCAUAAUGAGGAUGACUUAAAGGACGCAGCAUUAAAUCGUUAAUUGGUUUUGUAUGACAAUACGUUCAUCAUGGACAUAGCGGAGUCAGUUCUUCAAAGAAUAGGCUACGGUUUGACUAGACAUCCCAAAGACGAAGACCCGUUUUAUUACAGUCUUCAUUUAGCAUCGGAAAGGGGUCCACUUUCUAGAAAAUGCGCAAGACAAAUGCAAGAUGAGAUAUUUGAACUUGAAGUAAAUAACUCUUGGUAUUUCCACCUAUUUAACCCACAGUAUAUGAGUUGUGACGGAACAAUACAUCCAAGAGAAUGCCUAUCUCGUGAUCUUGAAAAGAAGAAAAAAGAAUAGAUAGACGUCUCUCCCAGAGAAAUUUAUGCUGGGGCAGAAUUACUAAAGAAGAACAUAUGUCUUAUUCGUUACGACACAUCUGUCAUAGACGAUGUGCUCGGAUUUAAGGGGUACGUUUUCGCUCCAACUAUCAGACAGUGUUUUGACACAGAUCCAGUAUAUAUCUUAAUGGUCGAAAAUGAGAAUGGAUCGUUAGAAUUCGGCAAUGUUGAUUUCAGAGAUCAUAAUAAAGAUCUAAAGUCUUGUCCGUGGGUUCUCGUGAAUGAAGAGCACAAAAACUGUUUUGGAUUAAGAUUCAGAAAUGAUUUCCGCUUACUCUUUGAUGAAAGUUUUAGAUAUGGAAUAAAAGAUGACGUCAAAGAUUUGUAUCGUCGUCUGAGUUUGGAAUUCUAUGGCAACGAAGAUUACCAUGACCGUAUACUGAAUAUUAUUUGUAACUUUGAACUGGAAGGUAAUAAUCUGGAUUUAUUUUGCAAGUAUGCAGACGAUUCCAUCAGUGAAGAAUCGACCACUGCCGAAAAGGAGAGACUUUUGAAGACUCACACCGAGGAAGUAAAAAAUGGAAUGAAACCAUCCGGCGAUGGAGAACUUUAUGCCAUAUCGUCAGUUUUCAACGUGGACGUUGUCGUUGAUAAAAUGUGUAGAGGUGAUUGGGAAACUUUUAUGUCAGUCUCGUGUACAUAUGCAUGCUGUUUUGAUUCACCAAUUCUUCUGAAACAGCAGACAUUACACGAAUAUACACCAUAUAUCACAGCACCAUAAGUAUGCUCUUGUCGCCAGAAGAAGCCAGAAAUACAAGGUCACAUCGGCAAAAUCAAAGAUGAUGUCUACAAAACAGUGUUACGAGAUCCGUGCUGUCCCCCAAGUAGGAAACACCAAAACCACACCCAUUUAAAGCACGUACCAAACUACCGGACGUUCUGGCCUCAGCGAACUGAUUAUCUAAUCCCAACUGACGACAUAGAAAUGGUAGAAGCUCGACUUUACGCUGAGGAACGACGACUUGAUCAAAUAAAUGGUGGACAUGGUACUUUAGCCAUGGCCCUUUCAAAAGAAUUAUAUGGGGACGAAUACUUUUCAAGCGAUCUGCAGGAUCUCUUGGAUGACGAGACACCUAAUUUCAACGAAAAGAUACGAAGACUUUCAGACUGGUUGACAGUCCCAAUAUACAUUUACCAUUCAGAACCUGCCAAAUUUAAUUGUUCUCAGAGAUUCUGGACAAAAUUUGAACCCGCUCGUUUUGGAAUAGGCCAUCCCGAUGAUAAUAAAGAAUGCAGGUUUUACAUCACUCUUUUCUACAAUGGACUGAAUGAUUCCUAUGAUCGAAUAACACCACUCAGAGGUUGUAAUUGUGGAAUUCCGCCACCUCUGUCUUUACUUCGAAACCAUCAUAAAAUAGAGGCCCAGCUUCUAUUAUGUGUGGACCCAAGAGAACGCCACCAUUCUCUGCUUCCUUUCCUUUCAGAAGAGCCAGAAGAGGAAAUGUUCAUGACAGAAAUACGAGAUUUUCCAAUCUGCAAAGCAUACUCUUCAAUGCACAUAGCGAUGCAGAGAAGUGAUAUGAAAGGAAGAACAUUCGACUCUAUUCAGAUUUUCCAACAUUCUUUACUCCGAUGCUUAAGCAAAGAAAUUUUUGGAACUGAACAACAUGUUGAUUUAUUACUUAAAGAAUUAUGCGAAGAAUUGUUGCAAAAUAUUACUAAUUACUUACCCAUCAUUGGAGAAGAAAUAUUUAAUUCUUACAAAGCUACAUUUGGAAAGUUACCUGAGGGUAAAAACGACUACGAACAGCUGACGAAAUUUGUUAUUGGAAGAAUUGAAGAUGAUCUUCCUACCGAUGAUGUAUUAAUAUGGCUUGCAUGCACCUUUUUUCAGACCAAUAUUUACGUCCUUCAAGUAAAGGACACAAAAACCUCAACAGAGAGUUUCUGGAAAGAGUACUCUAUGCUGAGAACCCGAGAAAAAAAUCCACAAAGAAAUGCACUUGUAAGAAGAAAAUGUCCAAAGAAUAAAAAUUUUUAUAUUUCCCUUCUGCAAACUGGAAGAAAACAGUUUUACAGAAUUGUUCCAAAAACGGCUUGUUGUAAUUGCGGUUUAGAUAUUCCCGAUACUCUUAUGAGUGAAGUUGACUCCACACCAUACCGUUCAAAGCUAGAUGAUGAACUGAUGCGAAAACUAAGGAUAGUUGAUACCCUUUUGAAAACAGCUUAUGUUACUGUAGAGCAGUGGCUUCUAUGCAAUCAAAUUCUACAGAAGAGAUGUGACUUGGUUAUAAAUGAAAUUGAAGGUCGUCGUAAAAAUGUAAAUAUUGCCACGAUAUCUGGUUCUGGAGCUGGAAUUGUUGGUGCAGUCCUGACAGGUGUUGGAAUAGCGCUGACACCGGUAACCGGAGGAAUUUCCACCCUACUGGCUGUAGGAGGAGGGGUUCUGGCGGUUUCCGGAGGAACAGUGGCCGCAGGAGCAAAAAUUACUGAAACCUACUUGAACAGUGGUACAAUAGAAACACUAAAACGGUAUCAAAACUCUUACCGAGAGAAUUUUGAGCUUUUACAAAAUAUAAUGGAAGAAUUGAAAUUGGGAGUAAAGAAUCUGGCAGAGAUAUCGACUGAAAUCAGAACAAAUCAGAAUAUUGAAGUAUCCGAUUUUGCGGGAGUACAGAGCUUACCGGGAAUUCUAAGAACCGUAGAAGGUCUGGCAAUGAUUCCAGUUAGCCUGCUAAAGGUGUCAGCCAGAGGAAUAACAAUUCUUGGUGCAGUCAUUGGGCCGCUGACUGCUUUGUUUGAUGCAGGUCUAUUGGCAUUCUCGGCUUAUAAUAUGGCGAAAGGAAACCGAACCGAUUUGACGGAAAAUCUUCGUCGAAUAUCAGUCUCUCUAUACGGCGCUAGAAGACAGAUGCACAACUGGGCAUACGGGAAUGGGAGACCUUUCUAUUAUCAAUAAACAUUUUAAUGAGUAAAAAUCGAUAUCCGUUCAUAAAUGAAUGAUGGAUGUUAGUAAUAUAAUUUCCAUUUUCUAGAUGUGAAAGAAAUAUGAUGAAAUCUGAAGAUAUCAAACAGUACUGAAGUAUAAAAGUCAUUGAAAAAAUUCCAAUCUGAAGCGGAGCGAAUACCUCUAAAAAUCAAAAUUUGAAUCAGAUGCCAUAGGGAUGAAUUCAUCCCAUGUCAAUCGUUUAAACCUACCAUGUACAAUGUGUAAUAAUGAUUUUUUAAAAUAGUGGACUUUUUAGUGUGAAAGUAAUACUCCAUCAUUUUGUAUGAAUAAUGUCAGUCCGGAUUCGACUUUUGGAUAGAUUGCACUCGCUGACAAACCAUUAUAUCUCAUUAUAUCCAAUAAUUCACUAAAUAUUGAUUUCAAAUGAGACUGUUGAUAUCCUUGUUUUAUUUACUUAUUUGUCAAUAGUUUACCUCGUUAAAGAAAAAGUUCUUACAAAGAACAUGCUCUUGCAUAUCGAAUCAACUUGAAGACACAGAUUCCACAUUCAGGCAAAAUAAACAAAGGGGCAUGAUUUCACUUUGUUUAAUCAAAAUUUUGAAGGUUAUCAUGAACGUCUAUUUGUAGUAAAAAUUCCUCAAUAUGAAACAGAUGUGCCAGACUUUGGGGUAUCUUUUAUUUCAAGUUCAAAGGUAUAUAUCAAUGUCAGUCCUAUAAAAUCAAUAUAGAAAUGAUAAUGAAUAUAGUUAACAUUUUAAAAUCACUAAUUUUCAGGGGGGGGGUUUCGUUGUUUUCAAUUAAUGAAGAGACCCACGAAUGAUGUCCAAUACGAAAUGUAAUGUCUCACAUACCGGUAUAUUACUACUGAACAAUUUUUAACCAAGAAAUUAAAUCCCUAUGAAUCAUAUGUUUUCAUCAAACCACGAAAAUUUGACCCCUCGGUAAUAUGUAAUUUCAUAGUAGAUUAAAUGUCUUCUAUAUCGAAACGUUGAAAAGAAGGUCCCAGCAGACUCAGAUACUUGACUAUAGUAUGUACCUUGACACAUCUGUUCUUUUCUAAGUGGGUCAAGGUUAAAUCUGUUCUGAAUUCUGUCUAAAUUGCAAGUACAAAUCAAUGUUGGUAUGCUGCAAAUAUUAUUAACAUAUAAUCUAAAAAUUGAUAUAUAAAAUUGUGAACGACAAA